CAUGUCGCUUGCGGCGCUUCGCAGUUCGGAAUUUCAAGUGAUUAUACAAACAUCUACAAAAGAAAUUUCUCUGCUUUAAUAGAAAAAGAAACAACAAACAAAUAUAUGACGGUUAGCAGCCACCGUCGACUUUGAUAGAAAAUAAAAAUAUAUAUUUUUCUGCAGAAUCCAAGUGUGUAAAUCAUUGGCAGAAUUCGGUGGGCGUCUCGGUAGACAGCAGCAGAAAAAUAAACGUGCAAGAGUAAUUUAGCGGUAACUAAAAUUGAAAACAAAUAUUCCCUGAAAAUGGAAAAAUUGGAUGCUAACUUGGAGACUCAAUUCGAUCUUAAUCUUAUUGAGGCAGUAAAGCAAAAUCCUGUUAUAUACGACCGGUCACAUUACAAUUACAAACACUUUGUAAGGAAGGCCCAAACUUGGAAGCAGAUUGCAGAACUACUUGGAGUACCUGAACAAAAAUGUACGAAACGUUGGAAAAGUUUGCGUGAUAAAUUCGCACGUGAGAUGAAAUUGUGUCAGGAAUCUCGCUGGCGUUACUUUAAACAAAUGCAAUUCCUUGUGGAUUCCAUAAGACAAUAUCGAGAAUCUCUCUUAGGCAAAUGUAAUAAUGUACAACAGACCAACAAUCAGGUUGCACAAGUUGAUCCAAAUCAACAGCAACAGCAGCAAACACAACAACAAGCUGUAGUGGAUGUAUUUGCACAACCGUUUAAUGGCACCGCCACAACAUCAACGCAGGCUCUAGCACAUCCGCAUGGUUCACGUUUAGAAAUUACAGUUACAGGCGACACACAGUUAACCGCCGCCGCCAAGGACCCAAAACCGUAUUUUUAUGAACCAGCACUAAAACGAGAACGUACCGAGGAGGACAAUCACGACAAUAUGCUAAAUACUAUUAAAAUAUUUCAAAAUUCAAUGACUCAAGCAGUUAGCGCUGAGGAUCAGUCGUUUGGUAUGGUAGUGACCGAUAUGCUGAACACUUUAGGGGUACGACAGAAGGCCGAGGCAAAAGUACACAUUAUCAAAUACCUUACAGAUAUGCAGCUCUUGGCACAACAUAAUAAAUAUUAGUCAAGGCAUAUCUUGCCAUUUAAAAUCCUGAAGUUUGGUGUGUAGUGCAGCGUUUUUAAACUACUAUUAAAUCGUGUAAACUACAUUCCCACGAAUUGCUGACUGCGAUACAAGUUUUAAUGUGGACUUUGAAAAAUAGCAACUUACCAAAUAACAAAGAUACAUAUGAAUUUUGUUCAGGGCUGACAAAUGAAAGGCGGAAAACUAAGUUUUGCACUCAAAGAAUAAUUAAAUAUAAGAAUCUGAAAAAAUUUGCAUUGUAAAAAAUGCGCUUUAUUAUUUAUAGUGAUAGCCUUAAGUUAAUUGAGAUACGAUCUUUUAAGUAUAUGCUUCUAAAGAAUUUAAAUUUAUGUAUCAUAUAUGUAUAUUGCGUUUAAAUUAUCUGCCAUUAUACGGUAAUGGUAUAAAUUUACACUAGAUUUAGUUGUAAAAAUGAAAUGGAUUAAACGUUAUUUUAAUAAAUUAGCAACAAGCCAAA